UUGGCGGAAACUAGGAAAUGGCCCCGUAGGCGACCCGGCCCCGCACAGUGGGCGGGGCCAGAGUGAAUCCUACCCCUUCCGGCUCCUUUCCCCGCCUCCCAACCCUGAGGUAUUGGGCUGGGGGUACCGGCAGCUGGGUUCUCCGGGUUCCCUCGGGCGGGUGUAGGGUCGAGUUCAAAGCCUCCGGACGCGCUUUGGCCUGAUUUGAGGGGGGGGGCGGGGAGGGACCUGCGGCUGCGGCCCCGCCCCCUUCUCGACUCUCCCGCGAGCGGAUAAGCCCGCCUCCUCCUUCGCCGGCCCUGGGGCUCUGUCCCCCGGGCAACUCCAGCCGAGGCCCGGUCUUCUGCUUGCAGGUAUCAACAGCAAGGCCCGGUUCAUCCCCAUGGUGGGUUUCGGGGCCAACCGGCGGGCUGGCCGCCUGCCCUCCCUCGUGCUGGUGGUGCUGCUGGUGGUGAUCGUUGUCCUUGCCUUCAACUACUGGAGCAUCUCCUCCCGCCACGUUCUGCUUCAGGAGGAGGUGGCAGAACUCCAGGGUCAGGUCCAGCGGACCGAGGUGGCCCGCGGACGUCUGGAGAAGCGCAAUUCGGACCUCUUGCUGUUGGUGGACACUCACAAGAAACAGAUCGACCAGAAAGAGGCCGACUACGGCCGCCUCAGCAGCCGGCUGCAGGCCAGGGAGGGCCUGGGGAGGAGAUGCGAGGAUGACAAGGUUAAACUACAGAACAACAUAUCAUAUCAGAUGGCAGACAUACAUCAUUUAAAAGAGCAACUUGCUGAACUUCGUCAGGAAUUUCUUCGACAAGAAGACCAACUUCAGGACUAUAGGAAGAACAAUACUUACCUUGUGAAGAGGUUAGAAUAUGAAAGCUUUCAGUGUGGACAGCAGAUCAAGGAAUUAAGAGCACAGCAUGAAGAAAAUAUUAAAAAGUUAGCAGACCAGUUUUUACAGGAACAAAAGAUGAGAGCUUUCCCUUUUUUCCAGCAAGAGUCCCACAAGGUUCAAUCAAAUGAUGGAAAAGAAUUAGGUAUAAGCGAUCAAGGAGUACCUAAAAAUAUUCCAAAAGUAGCUGAGAAUGUUGCAGAUAAGAAAGAAGAACCCUUAAGCAAUCAUAUUCCACAUGGGAAAGAACCAAUCAAACGAAGUAGUGAUGCAGGGAUGCCGGGAAUAGAAGAGAAUGACCUAGCAAAAAUUGAUGAUCUUCCCACUGCUUUAAAGAAGCCCCCUAUUUCAGUUUCUCAGCAUGAACGUCAUCAAGUAAUCUCCCAUCUUCCAACUGAACAACCUCUCUCCCGUAAUAUGUCUCCAGAUUCACACGUAAACCACAAUGGAAACCCUGGUACUUCAAAACAGAAUCCUUCCAAUUCUCUUCAGCGUUUCAUUCCAGGCUCAAACAUGGAGAGUGAACUCAGAAUUCAAACAGAUAUACUAAAGCAGGCUACCAAGGACAGAGUCAGUGAUUUCCAUAAAUUGAAGCAAAGCCGAUUCUUUGAUGAGAAUGAAUCCCCUGUUGAUCCGCAGCAUGGCUCUAAACUGGCGGAUUAUAAUGGGGAUGAUGGUAACGUAGGUGAGUACGAGGCAGACAAGCAGGCUGAGCUGGCUUACAAUGAGGAAGAAGAUGGUGAUGGUGGAGAGGAAGACGUCCAAGAUGAUGAAGAACGAGAACUUCAAAUGGAUCCUGCAGACUAUGGAAAGCAACGUUUCAAUGAUGUCCUUUAAGCCCUAAAGGAAGACUUCAGAAAACCUAAAGUGCUGUAAAAUGAAAUCGUUUCUACUUUAUCAUUUUUUGACUUUUGUUGUAAAGAUCAGUUGUAUCAGUUGUAAAGAUACAUUGAAAUAGAUUUAAGGAAAAACUUUAAUGAAGGAAUGUACCCAUGUACAUAUGUGAACUUUUUCAUAUUGUAUUAUCAAAGAAGAGACUUUUUUGGUUAUGAUUCACUUGAGCCAAAAAUAGUUAAUCUUUGCAUUUAAAGCAAACUAAUGUA